AGGAACUGCUCCAUAUUCUGCACUCUUUUUUUUCCCUUCCGAUUGUUUUAUGCUUCGGAGGGUUCAGAAACAAAUCAAUGGAGGAUAAUAGUGCAGCCCCGACACGACCUUCUAUCAAAACUCAGUCCCCUUUUAACAAUUACCCUAUUUGGAAAGACAAGUUGAGGGAGAACUGUUACAAGAGGGUCCGCAAUGAUCGAAGUCGGUUGCUUUGGAAAAUGAGGUUGCCUACUGCACAGCCUCUCAACCACAAGGAUUUUAUGAGAUCUGCCUUUCAGGAUAUAGUUUCUGAUGAACUGGAAAAAAUUAAGGACUCGUCAGCACCUGACAAUUUGAAAAUCUCAGAAACUAACCCUGAAGUCAAUGAUGUAUUAUGGGAAUAUGGCGGUCUUCAUGAUGCUUACCAAGGUGAAUGUGAAGAUAUAUUGUUAGAAAUGCAGAGGAUCUUCUAUGAGGAUCUCAAGGCGGGGCAGUCCGUAACAGAACCAGAAAUCAGUAUUGAAACUUGGGAAGAUGAAGAGGAUGAGUGCUUGGCUCGUGCGGUUCUUGAAAAUAUGAAUCUUACAGAUGAGCAGGCACAGAAGGGGAUUUGGUGCCCCAUCUGUAAGCGAGGAGAGUUGAGAGAGAACCACCAACUUAUUGUUUGCUCUGCUUGUGACCUCCGACUCAGCAAAGGAACUGAGGUUGACUUGGAGAUACUACGUGUUCGAUUAGCAGAAGCUCAUGAGGAGCAUCUUGAUCGCGGCUGCAGAUUGAAACCCAAGUUCUGUGUAGAAACUAGAUUUGGGUUAACUGCAUUAUACAUAUGCUGUCAGGGUUGUAACAUUUUUGAAAUUAUAAUAUAAUUAUUUCCUUGUAGCUCUAUGUAUAUGGUUAGUAAAGUUCAAAAUGUUCUUAACUUGUCCUUUUAACUGCUUUACCUCUGACGCUCUCUCAAGAAAAAACACGAGUUCUACACUUGGUCGUGUUUCUUUUAA